GAGCGAAAAGAGAGGGACCAUAGGCUCCCGUGGACCCUGCCGCGAUCAUUCUGUACCAACACGCCGCGCCGGUCGGUUUCGCAGCGUUCCCAGUACCCUCGGAUAGCACCACGAGGAGGAGCGGGCGUUCUCCAACGAGGUCACUUCCGCGUACCCCGCCGAGGAAGAGCCCGUUGUCAGGAACGUCUUUUGUCCCCCCCCCCCUAACGUUUCUUCUUCUUCUUCUUCUCCUUCAUCGUCAUCUUACCGCGAAAUACGAGGACGCCGCAGGACUCGGUCGGAAGUGCCCCCUUCAGUGAAAGGUGCCGCGAGACUCUGUUUUUUCCUAUUCUUUCGUCAUCCGGGAGCUCGAUUUCCCCCGGGACCAGGCUUCUUCAUCCGGCAAAGUCGCUCUCUUUGAUCCGAGGAGCGCCGUUGGUUCCCACCGAAGAGUGGUACUCGCGAUCCUCCAGAAAAGGCGAUGCGCCAGUCCUGGAUAGAGAUCUAACGGUCUUCAAGUUUGUGCGGAAUCUCUGGGUUCUUCCACAGGAGCGGGCAUCACCGUGGGCGACGUCAACCUUGCUGCUCGCUCGGGCGGAAAAGAAAAUGACACGGUGACCCAACCCCGUGGGUUUCAAUGAAUAAUCCGAGGACCUUUAUGCGACGCACACAAAAAGGAACGCUCAAAGGAUCGUCGACGAAUAAUGCAUCACGGUAGCUGGCCUUUAUCUCGGACGUUCGAUCGGACGACAGGUUCUACUCCAGCGGAACGACCGGCGUCCACUGCAGGCGCACCCGGGCGGAACGUGGUGUACGAGAUACAAGCUGUAACGUCGUAAGCUCCGCAAUUAACGCGACGGCAUUAAAGAUCGGGGGCGCGAUCGAGCGACGUGUCGAUCCUCCGUCGCGGGCUCCGUGGCAGUCGCGCGACUCCGGUUUACCGGGUUCGCUCGCGGCGCGACGGCGAGAAAAAGAGUUCGGCGGAAAUUAUUCCGUCAAGAUCGCAAUCUCGCGCGCGCUCGCCGCCCAGGCGAUCAGGUUUCGCUCCGAGAAGAAAUCUCACUCCUCCGGCCGCGCCGCGCCGAGCAGCGCCCGAUCUUCUGCGCACGAGAUUCAAGGGAGAGAGAGAGAGAGAGAGAGAGAGAGAUCGGGCCGAACCAAUUAUGCGACCCGGUGGAUGUUGUGGACCGCAAAAUGAGACGUGAAACGAGCGAUCGCGUCGCGCGCGGAAGGAGAAGAGGAACGUUUCCGACCUGUGGAGGACUGUCGUUGAUUCAGAGGACGAGGGCCCGUCGUCGCGGGGAUUCUCGAUAAGGAGAGGGCAAGAUCGCAAGAUAUUAUCAUCGCGGAAGGACGAGAGCGAGCGAUACGGGAUUAUCUCUCUGGCGAGUCGAGCCAAGGCGCAAUUAUCUCUGAUACUUAACGACUUGCGGUGACUUGCUCCGUCCCGGGGUGAAAGGAGAAGGAUGACGACGCGCGGCUAUGGUGGAAUCCUCGUGAUCCUGCGAUCGCUGAUGAUCGCCGCCGCCGCCACGACGGUGGUACCGGGCACCUGGAUAAAUCUGGGUCUGCGACACUUGCCGCAACUGGAAUCGACACAGUCGCUGGAGCCGUUUGACGCGAGCGCCUCGACGGUCUGCGUCGGCCUGAAGGGCCUGUCCCAGGGCCAAGGGAAGCUCUGCCAGCUGUCCGUGGACCACAUGUUCAGCGUGGCGAAGGGCGCCAAGUACGGCGUCAUGGAGUGCCAGCAUCAGUUCAAGGACAGAAGGUGGAACUGCUCCACCGUCCACGACGAGACCGUGUUCGGUCCGAUACUCAGAAUAGCGAGCAGGGAAACCGCGUUCGUUCACGCGAUCACCGCCGCCGGAGUGGUCUACUCCAUCAGCCGUUCCUGCCGGGACGGCCAGCUGUCGUCGUGCGGCUGCUCCAGGAGCAGCAGGCCCAAGGACCUGAAGCGCGAUUGGAUCUGGGGCGGAUGCGGCGAUAAUCUCGAAUACGGCUACAAAUUCACGCAGGCGUUCGUCGAUGUGCGGGAACGGGAGCGCAGCUUCAAGAGGGGCAGCCGGGAGCAGGGCAGGAGCCUGAUGAAUCUGCACAACAACGAGGCCGGUCGCAGGGCCGUCAUCAAAAGGUCCAGGGUGACGUGCAAAUGUCACGGCGUUUCCGGAAGCUGCAGCCUGAUCACCUGCUGGCAGCAGCUCGCAUCGUUUCGCGAAAUCGGUGACUUUCUGCUGGACAAGUACGACGGUGCAACCGAGGUCAAGGUCAAUCGGCGCGGUCGCUUGUCGAUGCGCGAUCCUAGAUUCUCCGUGCCCACUGCGAACGAUCUGGUCUACCUGGACGACUCGCCUAACUACUGUCUCCCAAACGGCACCUUGGGCUCAUUAGGCACCCAGGGUAGAUUAUGCAAUAGGACGUCGUCCGGCAUGGAUGGCUGCAACCUUCUUUGUUGCGGUAGGGGCUACAACACGCAAAAGUCGACCGUCAGGCACAGAUGCGAAUGCAAGUUUCACUGGUGUUGCUUCGUCGAGUGCAAGACCUGCGUGAGCAAUGUCGAUAUACACACUUGCAAAUAGCGCGCCACUAUUUAUGACUUUCUUUUCCAUAAUUCCUUCUCGCAUCGUCGGAGGUAUAUACAGCUGACAGUACGUCGUAUUCUAGUAACGGCGGCAUUAUUAUUUUACAGUCAAUGAAUAUUAAAUGAUACUUCUCUCUCAUUUAAAAUCUAUGCAAAUGAGUUUUAAUAAAGUCUGUCUUUUUUUCCGCAAAUGUGCGUGUAUGUGUGGUACGUGUGUAUGAAUGUUUUGUAAUAUUAUUACUGCGAUAGGUUUUCCGGUUUUCAGCGCUUAAAGGUAAAUUUUAUGAGAAUAUUAAGUAAUCUAUAUUUUAUCAGAGAAAUCAAAUCGUGUCUUAAAUUAUUUGGGGCCUACAAAAAAGUUUAAGCAAAUCAAAAAACUUUGAUUGUGUGUUCGUAGGAAUUAAGUGUUUUGCAAAUCAUUUUUUUUAACAAAGACAAGUGGAAUAAAUCGCAUUAGUCUUUCAUGUAAAAGUUCAUGUUAAAUUAAUGCAUGUAGCUCAACAGUUUUUUGUACGCAAUUUAAUGUACCGAGAUGUUUCUCGUUGUUUAUCGCUUUAUCCUACACCUUUAAAAAGAAUUUACCAAUCGUCUACUUAGGAAACAUCGAAAUAUCUUAUUAAAGAUAUUUUCAAUAUUUUUAGAAAAUGUUUAAAUGCCUGAAAGAUGUUUAAAGGAAUUUUGUUUUGAAGAUAAUUUUAUAGAAUUUUUAGAAAAUAUCUAUAGAUAUCUGAAAGGCAUCUUAAAAUAUAUUUUUAAGAUCAUCAUCUGAAUAAUAUAUAAGAAAUCUUCUGAAUAAUAUUUGAAUAAUAUCUCAAUAAUAUCUUAAAAUAUUUCAUAUCUUUUUAAAACUUUUCGAAAAAAUCCAAUUAUUUCAAGCAUGACAAUGUUUUUUAGACAUUUAAAAGAUAUAUUUUUUUGUUUAUGUGAAUAAUUAUUCUGCAUGACGCACACACAUACAUACGAUUACACACACAUACUAUUUUGAAUCCGUAAUUAUAUCGCUGUUUAAAUAUAGUUACAAUAGUUAUUUAAUAUAUAAAAAAUAGUUGUAACGUAAAUUAUUUAAAGUGUUUAUUGCAUUUUUAUUUAUUUGCUCAGAGGAAGCGAUUUAAUUUAGCAGUUUGCAAAAUAGCGCGUACAACAGUGAGCAAUAUUGUGGAUUACUUAAGAAUGUAUAAACUUAAGAGAUACUUAAAAAUAUCGUUAGUAAAAGUAUCCGAUUAUCAACUAUCCGAUUAUAGAAUGUCACUACGUAAACGUAAUGAAAGAAAAAAAGUGAUUUCAUGAUGCUGAAAGAAGUCCAAAAUUAUUUUUUUAUUUUACAUGUACAAAAUGACACGAAAAUAUCUCUGAUAAUUGUACAGAUUUAUAAACUGGAAUUUGCACUGAUAUACUAAUAUUUAUACCCACUGAGCAAAUCUACCAAUUCUCAGAAUUAUUUUUGUAUCAUUCUGUAUAUGCAUAUGUAUACACCUAACUUAACUUAAAUUUUCUAUUAGUCAUUACAGUAAGAUAUAUAUAACAACAUUCCAUUUGCAUCGCAGAACAUGUCUGACGAAAUGUACUUGCCUUAGGUAACAACAUAGCAUUUAAGUCACAGCGCUAAACAUCUCUAAUAGACUAGACAUUUAUUUAACAGUUGUACAAUUAUUUAUUUUUAUUCCUAGAUAAUGUAAUGUACAAAAUUCGGCAUUUCACAGUGGAUAGAUGCUAAGAUAAUAAAAUAUCUCAUAUCAAC